GCUUCAAUAAUGAACAGCCAUCCCUCGAUCAGUCUGCUGAGCCAACCCCUGGCGGCUGACACAAAACAGCUUGGACUGCCUGUGUAAUGUGACAGGAGCUGAGCUCUGAGACCCGCCUCCUCCCCUCUCUACAUAGCUGUGCCAUGAACAUGAAGGACCUGAGUUUAAAAUCUUCCACCGCAGUCCCAGUGCACAAGGAAGAUUCAUACAUAUAAGAAAACAUGGAACUGACGUGAAAUGUGAAAAGAACGUCCUUCGCAGAACACGACUUUGCCAAAGUUUUCAUCGUCCACAGUGCACUGUUUGCAGACAGAAUGGAUGAGAUCGCUGUUUACACUGGAAAUCUUUCCAUUCUCUUUAACAUUUCUAAGAGAAAUUUUACCUUUGAUCAUUUUGACCAUUGUCAUUCGCCACCUGCCAUGAUUUUCAUAUUGGCUCUGAUUUACAGUGCUAUCAUCAUCUUUGGAGUUUCUGGCAAUCUGCUUCUAAUCGUUAUCAUAAUGAAACAGAAAGAAAUGCACAAUGUUACAAACAUUCUGAUUGUCAACCUGUCAGUCUCUGAUCUACUCAUCAGUAUCAUGUGCUUGCCUUUCACUUUUGUCUAUACUUUCAUGGACCAUUGGAUUUUUGGUGAGGUCAUGUGUAAGCUGAAUUCCAUGAUCCAGUGCAUCUCCAUCACCGUCUCCAUCUUCUCCUUGGUGCUGAUUGCUGUUGAGCGCCACCAGUUGAUAAUCAACCCCCGUGGUUGGAGACCCAACAACAAGCAUGCCUACCUAAGCAUUGCCAUCAUGUGGAUAAUGGCUGUGCUUACAGCAUUGCCUUUCCCACUUUUCCACAUUCUAACAAACGAGCAGUUCCAAUACGACCCUAAGUACUCAGAGGAAUUUGCCGGAAAGUAUUUGUGUUUUGACCAGUGGCCAUCAGAAAACCAGAGGCUGGUCUAUACCACGUGUCUUCUGGUAUUGCAGUACUUCGCACCGCUCUGCUUUAUAUUCAUCUGCUACUUUAAAAUAUAUGUACGCCUGAGGAGGAGAAACAACAUGAUGGACAAGAUGAGAGAGAAUAAAUACAGGGCAGAUGAGAACAGAAGGAUCAACGUUAUGCUUAUCUCUAUUGUAGUUGCUUUUGCAGUUUGCUGGCUACCUCUUAACAUCUUCAAUGCUGUUUUUGAUUGGAACUAUGAGGCCAUUAAUAAUUGCCAUCACAAUCUGGUUUUCUCCAUAUGUCAUCUGACAGCAAUGCUCUCAACCUGCACAAACCCCAUUUUUUAUGGAUUCCUCAAUAAGAACUUUCAGAGGGACUUACGAUCAAUUCUCCAUUACUGUAAAUGCAGCCCCAGAGAGGAGGACUAUGAAGCUAUUGCCAUGUCAACCAUGCAGACUGAGAUUUCCAAGAGCUCUUUGAAACAGACCACACAAAUUGCUUGAGAUUUGUUGAUUCCAAAAUAUUGCUUGAGCAGUAUGAACAGUAAUUGGUGCCCUGACCUAUACUAUUGAAUGUCACUAAGGAUUAUUCUACCUAAAAGUAGCAAAAAGUCUACUCAACAUCUUAAAUAAGUUCAUGAACUUUAUAUUUUACCUAUUAAACAGAAGAUUCCUCACAACUUAUUUUUUGGUCUAUACUGCAUAAUGGAUAAAAUUUACAUUAUUUUGAAGAAGACUUUGCUAAAAUAGCUAGAGAUCAGAAACUUUACAACACGAAAUCUAUAACUUCUCUUUAUGUGUUCUUGAAGACAUGGGUAAGGCCACAUUUCAUUACCAAACCUGUAACCAUGUUCAGAUUAUAUUCUGUUAGCAUGCAUUUUGUUUUCAAAACCUUUGGAUGUAUUAACAAAAAUAGUUGUCUAUAGCAAUGCCUGUCAUGGAAGAAGUGAAGCCGAAGGUUUUAGCUUUCUUCUCAAGAUGAAGGGAAAAUCGAAGGACCAGCUACCUCAUUCUAUUGCCACUUGCCUCCCAGUUGCAGAGAAAUGGAUGGGUAGUGUUAUUUCUCUUGGGCAGACAAUAGUCAAUGACAGAAGGACAUGUAAAUAAGAAAGUCAUUGAUUUUGAGAAACUGUUUCAUUUCACAAAAAAAAUACAGGUUUGAUUUUACAAGUUCACUCCCAUUACGUACAAAGCAAAAUCUGCAGCAGAUACUUUGAACCAAAAAAAUUAGGUGUGAUAACAAUAUUAUCUUUGGGUUAUUCUGAUAAAUUGUAUAAUUAUAAUACCAGUAUUGUUCCAUUAUUGUAUAUUUGAUGCAAGACAAUGUUUGGAAAGAAGAACUCUAUCAGCAUUAACAAGCAUAUUUUUCAAAAUGAGCUACUUAAUAAGAAAUGUUUACCAUUGCCAGAACAAACAAUUUAUUAACAUUUAAAAUGAAUCAAAACAAAACUUACUGAUACCUACUUUUGACAGUGAAAUGCUGUCAAAUCAUUAUGCAGGUGAAGUUUAUUAAUUUAGAUUUAUGUACUGUUACAUGACCUUUGAAUGGGUUAUUUUACAAUCUCAGCUUGGUGGGAAGUGCUUGACAUACUUAGGCUGUGCAUGCCUGAUGGGUAAAGCUGUGCAGGAAUUAGUAUUGUUUGAGGGUACAAAUAACAAGAAACAUAUGCUAUUUCGCAAAUGUAUAGUUAUCUUCAAAAAUGUCACAGUGAAAACAUUUACUGUCACUGGACCUAUACCGAUCAGCAUGGUUUCACGUCUGAUCCUUUGUACUGUGUCAGCUUAUCUCAUUCAGAGCACAGGUAAAAGCACUCUGGGUCAAAGAUGGGAAAAUCAUACAGGUUUCAAAAAAUGCUUCAUUUGGGGUGUCCUAGGAUUGCGAAAAGCAUCAUAUUAAUGUAAGUCUUUCUGUCUUUCCUCUUCCUGUGCAGAAAGUCUUUGUCUGUAUUUUCAGUGGGAAGAGGAUCACAUUCAUCCUUGAUGUCCAAUGUGGUGUAGGUUAAUUAAAUUCACUGUGUCUGAAUGGUGAAUAGUGGCAAUUAUGGUACGGGAGUGCAAAUGCUCUGGUGGACUAAUCUACAUGAAUCCAUGGCUUUGUGGUCUAUUGAUAUUACCUGUCUCUGUGAUAGUUUAGGUUUUUGUUGUAAAUAACAGUUGGUGAUUCAUGUGGUGAUAUGUGUAUAUGUGUGUGAGUGUGUGCACACGUGUGCAUGUAUCUAUGUGUGUAUGCUUGUGGGUAUGUGUGCAUGUGUACAUUAUACAGAAUCCUCAAAACUGUUGACUCCCUUCUUGAGAUCCACAAAUUCAAGAGAGGAAGAAACCUCAAUUGGGGAAGAACAGAAUAAAAUCAAACAGAACUAAAUGUAACAGGUUUUGCUAAAAUUCAAAAACGCUACUGGCUUUGCUAUGUCCUCAGUUUAAUGAAAUAAAAACAAAUGCAAGCUUGAUCCAAAAUCUCUGAAUGUUAACUUGGGUCAGUUGGUAAUGACGAGGAAUAUGAGGUAGAAUGUUGUGGCCUCAAUACUCACUCCUUGCUGUAAGGAUAUAACUAACUUUAGUGCAAUACUAAGGAGAUUCUGCAUUUUAGGAAAUGGUCUUUGAAUGAGAAACUAGGGCAUUCAAGGUUCCAGCACCACUGAAGAAUGUCAAAGAGUCCUGUCACUAUCCAGGUCAAUAAUCCUUCCUCAGCCUACAAAACCAAAAAGAGAUACAUUUAUAAUUCAUCGUGUUGUUGAUUGUGGGACUAUGCUCUGUGCAAAAUGGUUGCCACCAUGAUCUAAGUAAUAAUUGAAACAGUAAUGUAUUGUAGGAGAAAUGCUUUGGGAAUGAGGUGAUCAAACACCAAAUAAAUGUAAACCUUUCUAUAAGUGAUAAUAUAUAGCAGAACUGAAUAAUUUUAUAUUGAAGACAUCCUGCAAAAUUUCAGUGAGGUUCUCUGAAAUAGGUAAAACUAAUAUGAAUUGAGUGGUUUUACAUGCCAGUUAUUUUUCAGUAGUUGAAUGUACAUUGUAUUGAAGCAGCAUUUUAUAGAAGAAACUCCAUUAUCCAGUAUAAAUUAGGACAGUAUAAAUUAGCAAGAGCUCUAUAUUUCACUUUUGCAAACUGUUAUAAUUAAUGGAAUGAAGGCAAGGACAAUAUAACUAAACAUCAGUUGAGAUAAAAAUUACUUGGACUGUAAGGCUAAUUUAAUUCAGCUAGAAGAUCAGCGCUAGUGAGCUGUGCAAUUAAGCAAUGUCUGGCAUAAAGUAGAUUUCCAGUGGAUAAUUGGGAAUGUGGAUGAUUGAACCUCACAUAAUCUGUGGUGUUGGUUGAGGAAGGAUUCCUCUGAUCCCCCUUUUUCAAGAAACACAUACAUCUAAUAGUAAACUGAAAAAAAAUUGAGGGCAUUCUGUCAUCAUCAUUUUUUUCUGUCAGACACUGAAAAUCUUUGUUUGAACACUGUUGUACUCGGUCUUUCCCAAAAUGUGUACAUGGACAUGGAUUAGUGAUCCAAUUCUUGAACUCAUUGAAGCCACCACGACAAAUUGGAGCAGACUAAUUUCAUCUUAAAGUAAAACUGCACACUUAAAAAUAGCUGAAUGGAGAGCAGCAGACACAAAAUGCUGGAGGAACUCAGCAGGUCAGGCAGCAUCUAUGGAGGGCAAUAAACAUUCGACGUUUCGGGUCGAGACCAUCCAGCAUUUUGUGUGUGUUGCUCCAGCAUCUGCAGAAUCUCUUGUGUCUCUGAAUGGAGAGCAGAGCUUUAUCAGUGUGUGAACACAUUUAUGGAAUACCCUGAUCACUGACUUGCAUUGCUUUUAAGAGGAGAUGCUAUUGACAAGAAAUUUUUGCAUGCCUUGCUAAGGAUGCCCAUGAACAAACACUGCUUUGCAAUUUUGGGAAUCAAAUUGGAUAACAUUCCAAAGUACGUGCAGGGACUGUGUUGUGCAAUUAUCCCAGUCAUAGAGUCAUACAGCAUGGAUACAGGCCCUUCAGCCCAACAAGUCCAUGCCGACCAUGUUGCCCACCCAGCUAGUCCCAAUUUCUUGCAUUCAGCCCAUAUCCCCACCCCUGCACAUACCUAUCCAAGUGCUUCUUAAGUGAUACUAUUGUACCUGCCUCAACCACUUCCUCUGGCAGCUUGUUCCAUAUACUCACCGCCUGUGUGAAAAAUUUGCCCCCUUCAGAUCCCUUUUAAAUCUUUCUACUCUCACCCUAAACCUAUGCCCCCUAGUUUUGGAAUCCCCUACCCUGGGGAAAUGACUGCUGCCAUCCACCUUAUCUAUGCCUCUCAUGAUUUUAUAAACCUCUGUGAGGUCAGCCCUCAUCUUCCAAUGUUCCAAGGAAUAAAGACCUAGCCUGGCCAACCUAUCCCAAUAGCUUAGGCCCUCUGGUCCUGGCAACAUCCCCGUAAGACUGCACUCUUUCGAGUUUAACCACAUCUUUCUUAUAACAGGUGACCAAAACUGUGCACAGUACUCAGUGUGGCCUCACCAACUUAUACAACUGCAGCAUAGUGUCCCAACUCCUACACUCAUAAGGUCAGCGUGCUAACUGCCUUUUUCACCACCCUGUCUACCUGUGAUGCCGCUUUCAACAAACUAUGCACAUGUACUCCUAGAUCCCUCUGUUCCACUACACUCCCUAAUGCCCUACCAUUCAUUGUAUAAGUCCUACACUGGUUUGACUUGCCAAAAUGCAUCACCUCAUACAUCUGUAUUAAAAUCCAUUUGCCACUCUCAGACCAUUUCCCUAACUGAUUUAGAUCCCCCUUUAAUCUACAAGAACUUUCUUCAUGAUCAGCACCUCCUAAUUUUGUGUCAUCCGCAAAAUUACUGAUCAAACCUUGUUUGUAAACAUCCAAAUUGUUUACAAAAAUAAUGAAUAACAAGGGUCCCAACACUGACCCCUGCGACACACCACUAAUCACUGGCCUCCAUUCUGAGAAACAACCUUCAACCAUCACCCUCUGUUUCCUACCUCUAAGCUAAUUUUGAAUCCACCUAACUAGCUCUCCCUGGAUUCCAUGGGAUCUAACCUUCCAGAGCAGCCUACCACACGGGACCUUGUUGAAGGCCUUGCUAAAGUCCAAAUAGACAACAUCCACUGCCCUACUCUCAUCAACCUUUUUGGUUACCUCUGCUGAAAACUCUAAAAGGUUUGUCAAGCACGACUUUCCAUGCAUAAAGCUAUGCUGACUCCUAAUCAGACUCUGUCUAUCCAAAUGCUGGUAUAUCCUGUCCCUCAGAAUUCCCUCCAGUAACUUCCCUACUACUGACGUAAGGCUGACUAGCUUGUCCUUGGUGCCUUUCUUGAACAAUGGAAUAACAUUAACCACCUUCCAGUCUUUGGGGACUUCACCAGUGGCUAACGAUGAAGCAAAAAUCGCCAUGAGGGCAUCUGCAAUUUCUCCUCUAGCCUCCCACAAUUCAACACGGUGGAGUCAAUGGCUGAAAUUCAUGUUGCCAGCUCAAUGUAAUGAUUUCAGCACUGAGCUAGCACCAACUGCAUUGUUGAUAAGCAGUGGUCUGAACGCUGGUGCCAGCUUGCCUGUAGUAGAAGCCAAGCUGCAUCUCUUAAAAUGGAGGUGCUUCAUGGCUGCAGCAAGUGGUGGAAGUCAACAAUGAGGUAAGUGGAAUUUAAGAUAGAUGGCACAACUGAGAAUGAGCUUGUGGCUUUUGGAUGUUGCACUGGCGGCCUUGGAGGAAUUGAAAUGGAAAGUGACACGGAAUUAACAUCUCAGGUCAUCUUAUUGCAGACUUUCAGCAUCUACAGUAUUUUGCAUUUGGAUCCUGUUUGUAGUGAUACACCAAUGGACUUUGAGCAACAGAGAUCAGUUCAGGUUAGGGACAGGUGGUGCUCUCAAUGCAUGACAGGCGGUCAAUAGUAUCCUGCACUGUGGGCCUGCAAUCCUUGCAUGAUUGCUUGCUCACUCCACCCCCUGCUCUGUGGUAAAGAGAAUGCAAUGUAUUUGGCAAUCUCAGAAUAGAGAGUAAAUGUGACUACCCAGCUACAAAAGUGUGUGGUAAAAUGAGAUAUUUACUAGCCUGGGAGAAGAAUAAUGCAUAAAAAUUCAUUGCCACCUGAAAGGUCACUGGCAAAGCCAUCUGUCCUUCUUUGUAGUUGGAACUGCAAUGGAGAAUUUGGCAUAUCUCUGUGCAGAUAUCCUUACCGGUCUCAUGCAUUGCUCCUUACUAAACUUCAGGUGUAGGAACUGCUCCCUGAAAACCCUGGAUGAAAUGACCUCCUGUUGAGUGUCCAUAUCCUCCUUCUCCCUCUGCUAACAUGUCAUCUAGAUUCUCCCUGUCAUGCUGCAUUCUUAGGAAAAUCAUCACCAAAAGAUCCAUAUCCGGGUGCAACUGUUGAUUUCAAGGACCUUGAAGUCAAAGCACAGUACUUCAGUGCUACCACUUCCUGAAAAUAUUAGCAACUUUAAGGCAAUCUAAAAGCUCCAAACUGACUGAAUUGAAGUGACGUACCGUGGAAGCCCGUGAGCAAAUAGCCUGUAGUAAUUCAUAAUUCCUUUAAUUAGCAUUGGUUGUGAAAGGGGGGAAUCCUUUCUGCUGCUGGCCAAUAUUAACACAUGGGUUAUUGCAUUGAUGAACUCCUAUCUUACAGUAUUGGCAUAAAUCUGUCUUGUGCAUUGAUUAGUAUCCUGGUUUACAUACUCUGCAGACUUCCAGCAGAUAACAGCAUUGUGCAUAUUUCUCCUUUCUUGUACAAGUGUAUACAGGUGAAUCAGACACUGUAUUGGAACAAAUCAGAACUGUUGACACCCAGACAAGCCAGUGUAUGGUGGAAUUUUGUGGCCUGUGAGUCUUGUGUAAUUGUAGCCUUUAAGAUGAUUUUUAAAUGAAACUCCAGGUGAGACAUUGACAAAAACAUGAAUUGUUCUCCUCUUCACAAUGUACAAAAUUGAGAUUAACUUUUGCUAAUUUGCAAAUACAUCAGAGUAUGCUACCAAUGACUUCUGAACUCCAGCCUGUAAACAGAGCAAAACAAAAUGUUACAUAAAUUAAUGUACUGAGUGGUUAGAGUAACAGAUUUUAUACAAGAGUUGUUAACAUUUCCAAUAGCAGUAUAACAGAGAAUGUAACUACCUAAUAUAAAGGACGGAUUUCUUCAACAUGAAACUGGACAACACAGCUCUAGAACUGUCUUUGUAAUUGAUUUUCAUUGGUCCCCUAUCAUAAGUUCCCAUCAUUUUUCCAAACUUCUGAUCUUAGCUUUUGCAAAAAUGAUUAUUUAAAGUGUUGGUUAAAAAAUCUUAUUACUUUCUCUGGUGGACAUGGAAUUGUACUGUUUCUAUAUAACUCCAAUUAAUAUUUCUCUAUGAAUGAAAUUUUAAAAAUAAUCCUUUAAUAGGUGGUAAUGAUUUAUUGUGUAGAUUAUAGGCCAUUCCACUUAUUCCUUAAUAACUAAUUAAUCCUAAAAUAUUGUGCCUUGAUAUAGUAUAUUGCAGUAUAUUGAAGUAAAGAAAUGACAUCAAAUUAAAAGAAAACUUACACAAUGUUGGAAAAUUAGUGGUUGGCCAAUAAAAUAAGUCAUCAAGGAACAAAUAGAUUAUGAGGGUAAGCUAGCAAGAAAUAUAAAAACAAUUCUACAAGCACUUAAAAAGGAAAAGAGUAACUAAGGCCAACACUGGUUCCUCAGCAGAUGAGAAUGGGGAAUUAAUAACAGGAAGUAGAGAAAUGUCAGAUAUUUCAAACAAAUGUUUUUUGAAAAUUUCUGUAGAAGAUCCAAGGUUCAAAGGAAGGGAGGAACUUCAAACAAUCAGAAUCACUAGUGAAAAGGUACAAGCUACUGGACUAAAGGCUGAUGAGUCUCCCUGGACCUGAUAAUCUGUAUCCUGGGGUCUUAAAAGUAGUCGUUGCAAAUAUAGUUAUUGCAUUGAUUGAGAUACAGCAGUGCAUUGUAAAACUAGACAUGUAGCAAGAAAGGAGGGAGACAGAAAGAAGGUUACCACAUAGGUAAGAGCUCAUGGCAUGGGAUUAAUUUAGUAGCAUGGUUGGAGAACUUACAAAAUAACAGGAAACAGAGAGUUGGGAUAAAUGAAUCAUUUUCACUUUGACAAGCCGUAACUAGUGGGGUGUCAUGGGGAUUAAUCUAUACUUAUUGACAGAUGAAGGGAUCAAAUGUAUGGUAGCCAAAUCUGCUGAAGACGCAAAACAGGUAGAAAUGCAAUUUGUGAGGAGGAUACAGUAAGUCUGCAAAUGGAUAAAUACAGUUUACACAAGUGGGAAAAAUUUAGUAUUAAUGUGGGGAAUAAUGAGGUUAUCCACUUUGGUAGGAAGAAUAGAAAAGGAGAAUAUUGCUUAAAUGGAAAGAGACAAUAGAAUGCUGCUAUACAUGAGGAUUUGGGUGCCCUGAUACAUGAAAAACAGUAAGCUAUAAUAGUGCAGCAAGUAAUUAAUAAGUCAAAUCGGAUGUUGGCUUUUAUGGUUGAGUAUAAAAGUGGGAUAGUCUUACUACAACUGUACAGAGCAUUGGUAAGACCAUGCCUAGCACUUUGUGUAUGUUUCUGGACUCCUUAUUUAAGCAGGGGAAUGCUAGGUUGAUUCCUGGGAUGAAGGGGUUGACUAAGGGAAGAAAGAUUGAGUAGGUUGCACCUACACCAUUUAGAGUUCAGAAGAAUAGGAGGUAAUCUUGUUGAACCAUAUAAGGUAUGAAGUCGCUUGAUAAGGAUGUUUCCUCUGAUGAAGAAAUCUAGAACUGGGGGAGGGAGGGGGGCACAGUUUCAGAAGAAGGCACCACCCGCUGAACACGGGCUGAAGAGGAAUUGCUCUCUACAGAGCGUUGUGAAUAUUUGGAAUUCUCAAUGUUUGGGAGCUGUGGAGGCAGUCAUUGAAUAUACUCAAAGUCAAAGCAGAUUUUCAGUCUUAGGUGGAGUCAGGGAUUGUGAGAAAGAGGCAGGAAAGUGGAGCUGGGACUAAUAUCAGAUUAGUCAUGAUCUUAUUGAAUGAUGAAGCAGAUUUGUGGAGCCAAAUGACCUAUUCCUAUUUCUUGGAUUUUUUUUGAUCAACUAAAGGGUAACAUUGACACAAUGUAUCAGAAUUUAAACAUCUUUCUUAAAUAACCAACAGGGUAGAAACAAUUUUAAUUUUUCUUGUAAUUCUUUUAACAGAUGUUCAAUGUUUUUAUUUCAGAUUUUAAAAAUUGUACAUUGAAGUAUUUUUGCAUCUGAACAAGACAUUCAUUCACAUACAAAGAAAUAUGUAUUUCUGCUCUAUGUAAGCUGAUGUAUUUUGCGGAAUGCACUAAUAUGCAUACCUUUACCACCAUCAGCCAUUUUUGAACUCAUGAAUUCAGAUUUGAAAAUGUGCAGUGUAAAAAAACUUAUAGACCCCAAGAAUGGUAGCAAAUCUGCAUUAAAUGUCCAACUGUUCUGUGAAAGAAUAUAUUUGUGCAAUUGAACAUUUGUAUUAAAAUAUUUGUUAUUGAUGUGAUGUUCAUUAUUUACAAAAAAGAUGAAUUAUUGGA